AUGGAGAACCAAGUCACCGACCCACAAGAAGGCAACUCUCCCUCUGCCCACGACGACAGCAUUGCGCCCGAACAGAGAGGCAUCAAGCGACAGCGCACCUCCAACGCCGCGCCCGCCGACGACGAUGACGACGACGACGACAAGCCCGGCCGCGAGAGAAGAAAGAUUGAAAUCAAGUUCAUCCAGGAUAAGUCGCGUCGUCACAUCACUUUCUCCAAGAGAAAGGCUGGUAUCAUGAAGAAGGUGCGUCGUUGCCCAAUCCUCGCACGCGACGCGACGUGUCGCAUCUUCCGUCCCAACUUGGUAUUAACUGAUGAGCUCCAAAUCAGNGCCUACGAAUUGUCCGUCCUCACUGGUACUCAAGUCCUUCUGCUCGUCGUGUCUGAGACUGGUCUCGUCUACACCUUCACCACCCCCAAGCUCCAGCCCCUGGUGACCAAAGCCGAGGGCAAGAACUUGAUCCAGGCAUGUCUCAACGCACCCGAACCUGCCGACUCGAAUGGCGUCGAUGGCGAAUCGACUGUCGAGUCUCCCGAGGACACACACGCCAAUGUCCCUGCCCCAGCCGCUGGAAUGCAACCUCGCGCCGCUGGCAUGCCUCCAAACCAAUACGCUAUGACACCCGAUCAGCAACAAGCUCUGCACUACCAAGCAUAUCUCCAGCAACAACAGACUGGCGCCUACCCCAUGUCUGGUGCACCAAUCCCUGGUCGUCACCCCGGACACCAAUAG